CUCCUUCUUUUUCUUUGACCAUGAAUAACACAAGCAGGACAGCCAUGACGAGCAUUAAUACACUCUUAUCUCAAUUAAAAGAAAACCCUGUGAACUGGGCUUUAUUAGCUGUUCUCGCUUAUGUUGUGCGUUCUUAUGCACAGUCGUCUAAAGUGACAGCGAUACCAGCUAAACACCCCGAGGUGAUGGUGUUCAGGAAUUACACUCCGAAAGAUUUAUUGCCCUUCGACGGACAGCAGGACAGUCACGAUGCUUCUCGCGGUCUGGCCAAAAACUCUUUUGAUUUGGAUAUGAUCACUGAUCCAAACUUGCCCAUCGAUAAGCUGGAAGACCUGGCAGCAGACGAAUGGGAAUCAUUGAGAGAAUGGGAGCUUCAUUUUGCUUCAAAAUAUUUACUUAAUGGUCGAUUCGGUCAACUGCCAGACGAGCUUGUGGUCAAAAUUUUGGGUCAUCUUCAGGUCCGUGAUCUACUCAAAGCAACAGCGGUCUGUCAAAAAUGGAAGCGAUUAGCUUUUGAUGGUAGCCUAUGGACCAAAAUUGAUACCGCGCCCUUUUAUAAGACGAUCCCAGCGGAACACCUCUUACGGCUCGGCAUCGCUGCGGGUAGUUUUUUGAAAAUAGCUAAUUUUAGAGGGUGCAUUCAGCUGACAGAGCACGAGUUACGGCAACUGUCAGAGCAUUGUCCCAAUAUUCACACCUUGUGUAUUCGAGACUGCAGAGAGCUUUCUACCGCAGGUAUCGGUGGUUUUCUUCAAAAUAGGAAUUUGCGGGUACUCGACAUCUCCGGCUUGGAUGCUGUCAAAAAUUCCACACUACAAACCAUUGGACGUUGUUUACCAGAGCUCGAGAAACUUAACCUUGCUUGGUGUCGUGGGAUCACCGGGCGAGGAUUGCAUUUCAUUGCCGAGGGAUGUCACAACCUGCGUUUCCUCAAACUGAACGGAUGUCCGCACCUCGACGAACCAACCAUGGCUGUCUUGGGUCAGCAGCUACUCAAUCUAACCCACCUGUCGUUUUCUUCAUGUACAAGUCUGACCGACGCCGCCCUGCUCGCGUUCUUGCAAUCGAGUACCGCUCCCUUGACCCACUUGAGUUUAUCCAACUGUGCGCGUCUAUCCGAUAUAUCCCUUCGUCACCUUGCUCAUCAUUGCCCACAGCUGACCCAUCUUGAACUGGCGGGCUGUGUUUUGCUGACAGAUCAAGGAUUUUGUUAUCUCGCUUCCAGAAUUCGUAGCUUUGUUCAUCUCGAUUUGGAGGACCUCCAGCAAAUUACAGGUUCCACCGUCAAAUCCCUCGCCAACCAUCAAACCAGGCUUCGCCGUCUUUGUUUAUCCAACUGCACGCAAAUCACCGACGAUGCAAUCACUCAUCUUGUCUUACACGGCGUAUGUACGCAGCUGCACCAUCUAGAAUUAGACAACUGUAUAGUGACCGACGACGUUCUCGAUACCAUCGCCCGAUUUCUCAAUAAUCAAUCCAAUCAUCGAUCAACGGGUGCAAGUACAAAAGAGAAUCAUCCCCGAACUCUGAGUGUCGAAGUACUGGACUGCUCCAAUAUCACCGAAGUCGGCGUACGAUUGGCAUUAGAGAAAGCAGCACCUAAUCUGACGAUUAAAAGUUUUUACUCCUGGCGUUACGAUAGCCAGUCAUCAAGUACGACAAGUGACGAAGAAGAGAAUCUCGAUCAUAUCCUCGCAGGUAGAAGUCGUCGGUACAAUACGGUCGGGAGACACCGGAGACAACGUAGCGGGCAAGCUGCAGGACAGCCCCAUGCAGCAGCGAAUUGUAUCAUUCUGUAAUUUUUUUUUGUUUUUCAUUAUCCACAUCCUCUUAUCAAUAGUACUUGCUCAUUUGCAAUGAACCGAGCUUCAUGUGUUCCCCCUCUUUAUUAUUUUUUUCAGCUGUAUAUUUAACUCGAAACUUGUAUAAAACAUUCAAUUAUCACGAUUAGAAAAUGAAUCAUAUGACACGAUGGAUAGGCUACAAUGUGGUUUUUCUUUUUCUUUACUCUUGUUCAAUGAGCGAUAUCACGGUGAGUGCCUGGUAAUCCUUUUUCCCUUUCCCGUU